UCUCAGAGGGAGCAUGCUACUAGUGCAGAGGAAGAAGAGGAGAACCAGUUUACUACACAGAGGACAGAUGGACAAAAUUGUGUUUCUGUAAAAAUAAAUAUGUUGCACGGGAGAUGAGUUGGCCCAUCAUUUCAGCGGUGUAACACGAUCACUGUCAGAUGUGAGAUCCACGGAGGAGACACUGAGUGGGAUUAUGAGUGGGAAACAAACAGCAUCAUAAAACCUCCAAAUCAAAGUGAAUACAGGAUUAGAUCUGCUUCAUCAUCCAACAGUGGAAACUAUCGCUGUAAGGGCAGAAUGAAAAGUUCACAGCAUAAAACAACAGAGUGGAGUGAUUCAGUCACACUGACAGUUUCUGACAAUAAACCCCGUCCUGUCCUCACUGUGUCUCCAUCAUGGCUGAGUCCUGGAGCCUCAGUAACUCUGAACUGUCAGGUUGAACAUCCGUCUGCAGGAUGGAGCUUCUACUGGUAUAAAGCUGUUCCUGAUCUAUCAGAGAAAUCCUCCAGUUAUGAGCUGCUACCUGAUGGCAGUGGGACUGCACAGGACUCCUACAUCAUUCAUGGACAGACACACACAGCAGGAUAUGUGUGCAGAGCUGGAAGAGGAGACCCAGAGUAUCACACUGAUCACAGUCAACCAAAGUUUGUCUGGUCUGCAGAUGUUCAUUCAGCAGCGUCUCUCACAGUGAGUCCUGACAGAGUGCAACACUUCACCUCUGACUCUGUCUCACUGACCUGUGAGGGAAACUUCACUGAGUGGAGAGUGAUGACUGUUCCACAGAGCGAUCCUUCAUAUUAUUAUAAAUGCGAGAGAAGGACUGGAUCCACAUGUAACAUCUACACAUCAAAGUCAGAUACUGGAGUGUACUGGUGUGAGUCUGGAUCAGGAGAGUUCAGCAGUGCAGUCAACAUCACUGUACAGAAUGAUGGUAAUGGUCCUAUCCUGGUGAGUCCUGUUCAUCCUGUGACUGAGGGAGCUUCUGUUAGUCUGAGCUGCAGUUUGAGAACACAAAAAAUACUUUCCAAUGUGUUUUUCUAUCACAAUGACAAACUUAUUCAAAAUGAUCCCCGAGGGGAGCUGAAGAUCUCUGCAGUGUCAAAGUCUGAUGAAGGUUUCUACAAGUGUCAGUACUCAGGAAGAGAGUCAGCAUGUCAGUUAAAUGUGAGCAGUUGA